CUAUAUAUAUAUAUAUUCCAUGCUGAAUUUAAUCCAACAGCAAAAAAAUAAAAUGGAGAAAGAAGAGGAAACAGAAAGAUGUAAUGAAAAUGAAGAGUCACAAAUAAUAGACGAAAUAUCAAAUAAGUUAAUCAAUGGUGACGUAAUUACGAAAACUGAAGCCGCUAGAGAUAUGAGAAGUAUGAUUCGUAACCGGAAUUCAUGUUCCGGAAAAAUUCGAGUCAAGUUCGCCGGCGCCGGAGUUAUUCAGCCGCUUGUUCUCAUGCUCUCUUCUCAAUAUCAUGAUGCUCGAGAAGCUUCGCUUCUCGCGCUUCUUAAUCUCGCUUCUAGAAAUGAAAGAAACAAGGAACAGAUAGUAACUUGUGGUGCCAUCCCUCCGCUUGUGAAGCUUCUUAAGUUCCAAGACACGAGCAACUUAAGAGAACUAGCCACCGCUGCAAUUUUAACAUUAUCAGCCACACCAAACAACAAACCUGCAAUAGCUAAUUCAGAAGCAGUCUCACUUCUAAUUCAGAGUCUCAGCUGUGGCACUAUUCAAGGAAAAGUUGAUGCAGUCACAGCCCUUUACAACCUCACCACUUCCAAAGAAGAACCAACCAUAGUUCUCGACACCAGUGCUGCCCUGCCACUCAUCAACCUUCUUCGAGAAUCCAGAAAAUACUCCAAGUUUGCUGAUAAAAUCGCUGCCUUGAUUGAACUAAUCUCCAAAUCUGAAAAAGGAAUACUCGCCAUCACAGAAGCUGAAGAUGGGAUACUAACAUUAGUAGAGACAAUUGAAGAUGGAUCUCUAGUCAGCACAGAACACGCAGUUGGUACGUUGCUUGCAUUGUGCAUGAGCUCAAGAAGUAAAUAUAGGGAGCUCAUUUUAAACGAGGGCGCGAUUCCAGGUCUGUUACGGUUGACCGUGUAUGGAACCUAUAAAGCCCAGAACAAGGCUAAAAUGUUGCUGAACUUACUUAGGAAUUCUUCUUCAGAAAAGAGACCGUGCCCCUUUGUCUUGGAAGAGAUUGUUAGAGAUAUUGCAGCACGAAUUGAUGGGUCAGGAAAAACAGUGAAAAUUGUAAAGAAAAUGUUGCAGGAUAUGGUUCAAAGAAGUAUUGCUAAGGGUUCUUCUUGCAGACCUUAACAGUGAGGUGAUUUUAACUAACCUUACAGGGAUUUUGAAGUGGAAAUUAAUAGAUAUAUUUGUAAUAGGAAUAUGCUAGAUGCAAAUAUGAAAUAUCCCAACCAUUUUGACUCAUCAGAUUGAAGGAUCCAUCCUUUCAAGAAAUGUAUCUUCAAUUUGGCUUUUCUAUAAAUGAAAGACUUCAUUUUUAUAA